CCUCAGCCCCCCCUCGCGCAGCGAAACACUCCCCGAUGAAUCGCAGCCAGUCGGCUUCCCGACAAAAAAGACGAGACAACAGCACCAGCAAGCGAGCUCCACAGCCACAGCCACAGCCAAUGCCGGUGCCAAUGCCGGCGGUGCGCCACUGCAUCCCAUCGCUGCCGCCUGCCGUGGAGGCGCAGCCUUCAUCUCCAUUGUGGUCGUCGCCACGGGAGGACCUGCCGAGGCCAAGAGAGAGGGGGGCAGGUGCAGCUGCAGCUGCAGCUGCAGUGGCAGUGGUGGGUGGCUGCUGUGAGCCGUGUCCGAUGGGCAAUGAGCAGGGGCGGUUUGAGGCCACCUGCUGGGAGACCAAAGCAGCUGAGACAAAGGUUGCGGAGGCACCGAAGAGAGACGAUUCGCCUGACAGUGAGCAAGAGGACGAGAAGAGGAUGGCAGAGAGGGGGAGGGAUGUUCAUUCAUCCAUGAAUUCAGCAUGGUUGGUGUGGAGUCGCAUUCCCCCUCUCCCCCCCUCCCCCCCAAGACAGCAGCAGCAGCAGCACCACCAGCAGCGGGCCGCUCCUGCUCCGCCUCCUGCGCGUCCCGUGCGUCCAUUUCCGUUUGUGUCUCUGCCGCCGCGCCGUGUGCUGCAGAUUCUUUCCUGCCUGCGCACAGGAGAGCUCUUCGCACUCAAAUGCGUCAAGAGAAGCUUCGCCACUGGGUGCACAGGUGGGGCGGACCAGACAGGUGCGUGUCUGCAGGUGACAUGGAGAGUGUGUGAUUGUGUGUGAUUGUGUGUGUCAGUGCGUGAUGGGCCUUGCCUGCGACACGUCUUCCCGAAUUUGGCCUUCAGGUACCUACAUAUGGCUGAUGAGAUAUGUGUGGAUGGGAGCACCUGCCUCAGUCAUGACCUGCCUGUCUUCAGGGAGGGGAGUCUGCCCGCCGAGCCACACCGACUCCUCGAUCGUGCGUACCUGCCUGCUGUCGUCUGCAUUGAGGUGUGGAUGCCUGUAUGUGUCCGUGUGUGUGCUCGCGGAGAGAUGGUCAUGGGUUUCUGUUUCUGUGUGCUUGUCUGCAGCUGUCGAGUGAGUCACUGCCUCAGCCCUUCGUCGAGGAGCUCCUGCGUCGCCUAAGCCUCACCAGCAAACUGCAGAUGCACAGCAUCACUGUCACAGGUCAGCCUGGCUGGCUGGCUGGCUGGCUGCAUCGUGCCUCUCCCAUAUCAUGGUGAUGUCUCUCCGCUCGUGCUUCGCUUCAGUCCCGCUGUCUCAAGGGGCGCUUUCACACCUGUCGGCUGUCAUCACGCGAAGCCCACAGCUGCACACCUUUGUCUUCUCCGGUACACACAGCCAGGAAGAGUGACAAUGAAGUCACGUUACUAAUCUCUUGGUGACGAUGCACACGUCUCUCUGCGGCAGGUGCUGGGCACACCCACCACGACAACGAGCCGCGCUUCCCCACUAUGCUGUCGGAUGCCCUCCACCACUGCCGGCGGCUGCGUCGGCUCGAGCUUCCGGACAACGACAUGGGAGCGGCAGACAUGAGGCGAGUGAGGGAUAUCGUUCGCCGCUGUGGGAAGACUCUUGAGACACUCGUGCUGAGAGGCAACCCCAUCGGUGAGCGAGACACAGACGCAGGGGGAGAACGAAACAAGGAAGUUUCGGUAUUUGACAGGUUGUGGAGGGAUUGAGGAGCUGUCAGCGGGCAUUGACAAGCAGACAUGUCGGAACCUCACUCUCCUUGAUAUUCGCAGGUCAACAUGACAGCUCGCCUCGACAUUCACACGCAAAAACACUUGUCUCUCUCUUCGCAACACGUGCGGCAUCGAGCUACGGGGCCUGCAGCGACUGCUUGACCUGUUUCUUGAUGAUGAUGAUGACGGUCGUCACGCCGAGUCGUCGCAUCGUCAGAGCACCCCCACAGUGCUGAUGGAGGGCAACUUUCGGGCCAUGUCUCGCUCGUCGCUGGCGCCGCUCCUGCCCUCGCUUGAGGUGUUGGACGGGCGUAACCAUGACCAUGAGCAGGCCCAGUGAUCAUCAUGACUGUACGUGUGUACGUGUGUGCGUGUUUUGCGUUGGGUAGGGGGAGGGGCGAUGUUGUUGAGCUAUCUGUCACGUCUGUAGAGGGAUUUGCUGAUGAGUGGUAGCCAGUAGACAACAGAGGGUUGUUGAGUGACUGCAGGUAGGCAGGUGAUACAUGUGAUGCUUCACGAACGAAUGGCAUGCACGAUCGAGUCAGUCGAGUGUGCGUGUAUGUGUAUACCUUUGCAGUCAGUGACGUGCAGCACGGACACAUACACGAAGGUAGACACGAACACACGUACACAUAAAAGGAGUUGGUGAC